GGGACGAGCAUCAGGAGUCGUCCGAAGACCAGCACCUGUCGAUGAUCAUAUUCCAACUUCCCCGUUAUUGGAAACAAGAAGUAACAACAGAGAGGAACUCCAAGGUACGUCUCCUUCAGCUAGUCAACUGGCGCAACUAUUCAGGAAUAGAAGCAACAGUCCCCAACGUUCUGAAAGACAGGAAGGACUCUAUCGGGGGGAAGCCGAUGUUAAGGGUAGACUAUAAUCACUAUCCCGUGGGUCCUCCACUAUGCUGAGUGGGGUCAAGGGUAGACUAUAAUCACUAUCCCGUGUGGACUAUGCUGGGUCAAGGGCUAUAAUCACUAUCCCGUGUAGACUAUAAUCACUAUCCCGUGUGGACUAUGCUGAGUGUUUGUGGCGUCAAGUCCUCCUUUGAUUUCUUGAAGGGGAAAGAAGAAGCUAACUGAGGGGAAAAGAGGGCACUCCACUCGACUCGGGAUAGUGAGAAACUACCUCUAACAAUGGCCUAAGUGAAAAUCCUACGGCCAGACUCGGUCCGCUUCGCAGUCUUCUUAUGAGGUCAGGACUCAUGUCUGUUUUCAGCGACUAAAAAAGGAAAACUGACGAGAAGUGUAUGUCUGUUUUCAGCGACUAAAAAAGGAAAACUGACGAGAAGUGUUGAAUAGAAAACUCGUAAGGAGUCACUUACCUCUUUGAUGGGCCUUUGAGAACUCUCUAAUCUUCUUGUCGAUUCGCAGACUUUUUACAACGAAGGGUCCUCUCCGGCAAACCAGCAGGCCGCUAGACGAAGAGCAAGCACGGAUCCACGAGGCCCCAUGGCUUUCCGUCUCAACUUUGAUACCAGUACAAAGUACUGCCCACCCGUGGCUCAUUUUUUCGAAGCAGUGUCUCAAGCACAAGAGUUGCAAGAAGUGGUACAAGAAUUGGCACAACUUUACCGCAAAGGAGAUUACACUCAAGCCUUGAAAAAGAGUGGAGGGAAGUGGUUGAGUUCUGUAAUCUCUCGCUUUUUUGACGCCGUGCAGGUGUCAGCCAGGUUCUUGAGCAAUACGCAUGAGUGGGAACAUUAUGGUUGUAUUUGCAUUUUCAGCAUUGGUUAUCGUGUCAGACUAGAGGUUCUUGCCCAUUCUAAAAAACGAGAAUAUCCAAGGAUCUGCGUGGAACCAUUCCCGGCGCACGUGAGCCUAAUCGUAAGGGCCGUAAUCGUAAGGGAUCGAGUGGCGAUCACAUGGAGGGCCCGAGUACCAGAUUGUUGAGCACUGUAAAUGAGAAAGAAGACGAGAUGAAUGUUGUAAAAAGUGCUGCUCUCGCAACAGAUUUUAAAAGGGAUGUCGAAGGUCGUGACACUCAUGGCUCCUCUUCCUCGUCAUCAACUGCACAAGGCGUUCUUGCACAUAAUCGCAAUAUCGAAACAACAGGCCGCCAUCAGCCUGUACUGUCUUCGUCAUCUGCAGCCAUAACAGCCAGUAUGCCUACUCCAUAUUACAAUAGCGCUGGUGUCAACAACCACGAGGGAAUCUUUCCCUCUACUGCGGCUGGUAGCAGUGCUAUUGAUGUUCCAUACGUCACUACUGUGGCAGAAGAAAGCACCCGUCGACCGCACCAGGUUUACAUUCCUGCCCUGCUACAGGCGGAUCAGGACGAAAAGCUGGGAGCUUUGCUCAGACCGUGGAGUUUCUCGAGACAAAGAUUUCUCUACUUAGCAACGCCAACUUUGGGACAAGGACAGGGACAGACGGAGAAGAAAGAGUUAAGAAUUCAUUCACUUAUGAGUUUACUAUUUGAGGACUAAGAAGAAAGGGAAGCGCAGGAACAGACGGAGAAGAACGAGUUAAGAAUUCAUAUCGUCCUUGAGUUCAAGUACUAUUUGAGGACUUGUUGAGAAGCAGGUUGUGGAGAUCUUCAUGCUAUCAAUCUUUUAGCUCUAAAUAUCUCUCCGGCAAAAGCGAAGUGGACCGGGGGAGCCUUCUCCUUCCAAAGUACAUCAGUACGUCCGAAAGCAGGAGCAACAAUACAUUCUCACAUUGACGACCAUGAACCUUGGGAAGGAACUACAGAACAACCAAGUUUUGCCGCAGAUCCUAGUACCGAACAACCUACCGUCGAACAGGAGGAACAUCCUCCCCGCGAAAGUCAUGGCUCACCGUUUUAUUUCGAGGUGUUGCAUCAGAGUUGUUUUCCUCGCAUGAACAAGCUUGAACAUGGGGAAAUUUUCGGCACACUUGCGGACAGAUGGGACUCGGAACAUUUGUUGAAGCCAAGAUUUUUUUUUGUCAGGGCAUUAGAAGCUGUCGAGAAGAGCAGGACAGAGCGUGGAAGAGGAAAUGCUGUUGCUGGAGCUUUACCGCAAUUCCACAUUCUGCGUGCAUUAAAGAAGAAGCUGAUGAACGCACUGCUCGUCGUUCUAAAGGAAAAGUCUUGCAAUUUCCCGACUGUGAAGACGGAAGACGCCGAACAAUUCGAUGUGGAUAAUGUGAUGCAAAUGGGCAUCGAACUAAGCAGGUUGUGGGACUACGACGAAGACAACCAUAAUUAUGAAAGGAAGAGUUUUUGUUGUUCAUCGAAGAGUUUUUGUUGUUCAUCGAAGAGUUUUUGUUGUUCAUUAUUUAAAUUUAAAUUAAGCGAUAUCAAUCAAGUAUCUUUUUUUUGACUAUCUAAGGUUUACUCGCUUAUUAGCAAUAGAUUGUAGUGAUUGAAGCGAUAUUAGUGAUUGAAGCGAUACUAAUAUUGUACUAGUGGUCAUUUAUUUGAGUUGAUGUUAGCCACACAUUGAGAUUUGAGAAUCGAAGAUCAAUGAAUCGCUUUUUGCUUCCUUUCUGAGAUUUCUAACACACCAGAGACAUCCUCAAAAAGAUUGAGGAAACCGGUGGCGCCAAGUAUUUCUCGCAAGACGAAAGAGGCGCCUUGGAAUAUCAGAGAAUGGUGAAGUUCCAUCUGUUUCCUUUGGGAUCGGCUCUUCUGGAAAUCCUAGCAACCGAAAAGGAAUACUUCCGGAAAAGCAAAAUCGUCGAAAAUCCUUUGGGGUAUUGGGGAAAAUGGGGCGGUCAAGGACAGAAAAUUUUUGAUGAUGAGGGCGAAGUCGAGUGGAAAGGACAAGGACAGAAACUUGUGGGGGAGGGCGAAAGUGUCCCCGUUUAAGUAUCUUUACUCAUAGGUUCUAACGAUUAUAGCAUUAUAGAAGAUAUUAAUGAAGAUACAGAUAGUACUCAUGGAGUGAGGACAAUUCUAAAGACACUAGAGGGUAUCAAUCUUCGUAUGCGCACCUCCAGACCAAAAAUGUGACAAAAUAUACUGAUUUCUUGAUGCGCAUCUUCAGACUUUUUCAUGUUCCUGGUAUAAAUUGCACGAGAACUCUAUUUACAUUAUUCGAGAAACUGAAAUAAGCAAGUAACUGAUCAGAAUAACCGAGAGACUGAUGAGAAGGAAGAGUAGCCUUGACGUUAAGCUACGCCCCUUAUUUCAGUCAGUAACUCGGUUAUUUCAGUUUUUCGCGUAGGUCCUCUGAUAUGCAUGUUGAUGCAUGAAAAUCGCUUUUGCAUCAAAUUAAGUAAUGAGCUUCCACCAACAAGCGCCAAUACUGUGUCGUGAUCGUAGAGCGAAACUGUACUCCUUUGUGGUUGAGAAUAAAUAUCCAAGCAGUCCUCUACGCAUACGCAUAUCAUGGUCAAGAAAAAACCAUAUGGCUCGACUUGGUAGAAGAUACAAAAGUCUUCAACUUGGUAGAAGAAAUGCUCAACACGCAUUUCUCUCACCACUUACAGGAGACGGUCACGCCAUGACCUUGUUGUUGCGCCUCGGGAAGCUUCAAUAACUCAAAUCCAAUCUAAUGCUCUCUCAAGCGUACUUAUGCGAAGUAAGCAGUUGAUCG